UGCUGCUGGCAGCCCGCAGGCCGCAGUGAUUUGGUAGCCGCUGCUGCAGUAGGAGGAAGGACCGCGGUUCUCCCCCCUCUAUCUUUCAGUUUCGCCUCGACAUUUUCAUCGGUGGUCCCUUCUGAUAACUCACAGUAAACUGAGCAUACAGCAACAGUGUUCUAUGAUAACUUAAGUCGUAGUAUUAACCAACCGGACAGUGAUAUCUAUCUCCAUUUUACCCGCACGUUUCCUCUGACAGACAGCAGCAGCAGCAGCAGAGCAGCAGCUAGCACAACAACAAUGGCUCUGAAGAGAAUCCACAAGGAGUUGAACGACUUGGCACGGGACCCACCAGCCCAGUGUUCUGCAGGACCAGUAGGAGAUGACAUGUUUCACUGGCAAGCCACAAUAAUGGGACCUAAUGACAGUCCUUACCAGAGCGGGGUUUUCUUCUUGACCAUACACUUCCCCACAGACUACCCCUUCAAACCGCCAAAGGUUGCAUUUACCACAAGAAUCUACCACCCAAAUAUCAACAGCAACGGCAGCAUUUGUCUUGACAUUCUGCGAUCACAGUGGUCUCCGGCUCUCACCAUCUCCAAAGUCCUCCUGUCCAUCUGCUCUCUGCUGUGUGACCCAAACCCGGACGACCCCUUAGUACCCGAGAUCGCCCGCAUCUACAAGACGGACAGGGAAAAGUACAACAAAAUAGCUCGGGAAUGGACACAAAAGUAUGCAAUGUAGUGUUGGGGGUAGAAUCAUGGCCAACCACCUCUACGACAUAAAGGUUAGGGGAGCUUCAGACGUAAAGAGAAAACAAACAAAAAACCAUUCAAACAAAUGAGAAGUUUAAAACAAGAUCUUGUUGGUUUCCGUUGGAGUGCUUUCUUUGAGCCACGCCUCCCCUUCACCAGAGUACCUGUAAAACUCCCUCUGCCCCACCUCCUCUAUCUCUCUCUCUCUCUCUAUCUCUCUCGCUCUCUCUGUUUGACUCCCUCCUCUCCCUCCCCUCUUGCCUCUCAGCUCACCUGCCCCCCCUCCAGCCCCUCUCCAAUGUACAUAUUGUCAACUUGCAAUGGUAACACCCAUCUCUCUCCCUGCUCCUUUUCCCACCUCCUCCCUCCCUUGUGACCUCUGACCCCAUCCCCAACUUCUGUAUUCCGUUACAUUUUGUCGCCAUGCAGGUUGGGCUGCCCCCCCCCCCCCCCACCCCACCCCCAACUCCUCCUUUUUCCUACACACACCUGCACCCUCCCCCCACCUCCCCCAGACGUUAAUCAUUCCUUUUGAGCAUCUGUAAAACUUUGAGGGGACCUCAACCUUUUUUCUUUAUUUCCCUCAUUUUUUUUAGGGGAGUGGGGGACAAUAAGAUGGAGGGAUUUUUACACUCUGCACCCUUUCUUGCUUUAUUGUCCUUUAUAAUUCCCAUUCGUAGAGGUGACAAUUCAAGAAAGCAGGUUUGUUUUCGAGUCGAAGGGCACUCUGUAUUUUAUAUAAUGAAUACUUAAAAAGAAAUCAUUGCAGGCUAUGUUAAAAUGGAAAAAAAUGAAUAUGGCCUAUUUUGGUCUUCUGUUGGAUUCUAUGAAAGGACUUGGAUUUAUCCCCACACCUCCUGCUCCUAACUCCCCUCCCCUCCCACCCACCCAAAUCACCCUUUGUACACACACACACAUAAACACACAUGCACGCACAAUUGUAACCCCAUGUCACCCCCCCAACCACUACCACCAACUUUUCUUUAUUCACAAAGUGGAGGUUCUGGACCAGGUAUUUAAGCAAUUUAUUUUACUUAGUUUAACCUGUGUUUUUAUCCCCCCCUCCCCCUCCUCCCCCAUAACUCUUUAGGUUGCAUUUUUUUUUCCUUUUCUUUUUUUUUUUUCCUUUUUUUUUUGCUAUUGUUAAAUUAGAGGCUAACAUCUUAAAUGGCUAUGGGACUGGCUUGGGCUCUGGGUGCGAGGAGAACCCACUCUUCUUGCACAAAACCUCUGUAUAUUGAAUUACCUGAGAGGCUCGUUGAGCUUUGUGUGUUGAUUAAACUGUGUAAUAAAAACCCAUGAUUCCGG